AUGGCACCGUAUGAGGCGUUGUAUGGACGUAAGUGUAGAUCUCCAAUUUGUUGGGAGGAAGUUGGAGAAAGAAAAUUAACAGGAGCUGAAAUAGAACAGAUUACGUCUGAGAAAGUGCCGUUGAUUAAGCAACGUUUAGAAACUGCAUUUAGUGUAAUCCGAUUUGGAAAGAAAGGAAAGCUAGCGCCGAGAUAUGCAGGACCUUACGAGGUUAUUGAGCGAAUAGGAACGGUAGCUUAUAAGUUAGCAUUACCGUCUGAGAUGUCGCAGGUACAUCCAGUGUUUCACGUGUCGAUGCUUAGGAAGUAUAUUCCUGACCCUCAUAGACUUAUUCAACCUCAGGAGGUUGAGAUAGACGAGGAGCUAUCUUAUGAGGAGGAACCUGUAGAAAUUGUCGAUACCCAGAUUAGGAAACUCCGUAGUAAUAUGGUAAAAGUGCUAUGGAGGAGCCGUACAAUUGAGGAGUGUACGUGGGAAACAGAGGCGGAUAUGCGGAAACGAUAUCCCCACUUGUUUGCUCAAGGUAAUAGUUUGUUUUGA